AUGGCAACUUUAACCAACGGGCAGAUGGACGGCACGGUGCACGGUGUCGGUGUGGUCUCCGCCAGCACGAACGGGCUCGUGAACGGAUUAAGCCACAGCCACAGCCCGGUGGGCUGCCCGGCCACCAUCCCCAUGAAGGACCACGAUGCCAUCAAACUCUUCAUCGGUCAGAUCCCCCGCAACCUGGAUGAGAAGGACCUCCGGCCCCUCUUCGAGGAGUUCGGCAAGAUCUACGAGCUCACUGUGCUGAAGGACCGCUUCACGGGCAUGCACAAAGGCUGUGCCUUCCUUACCUACUGUGCCAGAGAGUCGGCCCUGAGAGCCCAGAAUGCAUUGCACGAGCAGAAGACCCUGCCAGGGAUGAAUAGACCAAUCCAGGUGAAGCCAGCAGAUAGCGAGAGUCGAGGAGAAGACAGAAAGCUCUUUGUGGGCAUGCUCAACAAGCAACAGUCAGAAGAUGACGUGCGGCGCCUUUUCGAGUCCUUCGGCAGCAUCGAGGAAUGCACCAUCCUCAGAGGUCCCGACGGAAACAGCAAAGGCUGUGCAUUUGUAAAAUACUCCUCUCACGCUGAAGCUCAGGCAGCCAUCAGUGCACUACACGGCAGUCAGACAAUGCCUGGUGCCUCAUCCAGUCUGGUGGUGAAGUUCGCCGACACGGAUAAGGAGCGCACCAUCCGCCGCAUGCAGCAGAUGGCUGGUCAGAUGGGCAUCUUCAACCCUAUGGCCCUGCAGUUUGGAGCCUACGGAGCCUACGCUCAGGUGCAGCAGCAGGCGGCAUUGAUGGCGUCUGUAGGCCAGGGAGGCUACCUCAGUCCAAUGGCGGCCUUUGCUGCUGCCCAGAUGCAGCACAUGGCCACCAUCAAUGGCAUCCCAGGAGCACCGCUGACCCCAACGUCAGGUGGCAGUACUCCUCCAGGCAUCAGCGCCCCCACAGUGACCAGCAUCCCCUCUCCCAUUAGUGUAAAUGGUUUUACUGGCAUGCCGCCCCCCCAGGCAAAUGGGCAACCUCCUGCAGAGGCUGUCUUCACCAACGGCAUACACCACUACCCUGUGUUGCAGGAGGUGGUUUUUAGGGAGGACUCGGAGAAAAACGGCUUGGGCGUGGCUCAGCGGAGUUGUUUUGGGGUUCAGGGUGGCUGCUUCAUCUCCUCUCUCUCUGAAGCUCAAAGUCCCACUGCAGCUGAUCCUCUCCAGCAGGCUUACACAGGAGUCCAGCAGUAUGCAGCCUACCCCGCUGCAUACGGCCAGAUCAGCCAAGCCUUCCCCCACCCUCCACCCAUCAUUCCACAGCAGCAACGAGAAGGACCAGAGGGAUGCAACCUGUUCAUCUACCACCUCCCUCAGGAGUUUGGGGAUGGAGAGCUGAUGCAGAUGUUCCUGCCUUUCGGUAAUGUCAUCUCCUCCAAAGUGUUUGUGGAUCGGGCGACAAACCAAAGUAAAUGCUUUGGGUUUGUGAGCUUCGACAACCCAGGUAGUGCCCAAGCUGCCAUCCAAUCAAUGAACGGCUUCCAGAUCGGCAUGAAAAGACUCAAGGUGCAGCUGAAGAGGCCAAAGGACGCCAACCGCCCCUACUAGCCACCCGCCCCAGCCAGCCGCCGCCACCCUGGCGGCCGGGGCAGCCGUCGCACACAGGGAAAGACAGGUUUUGUUGAGCUGAAUCAUAUGUUGACUACCCGCCACUGAGUGCAAACUCAGCAUCUGGACCACAGAGGCUGCUUCAGAAACCGAGGAGAGAGCGUGCGAUGACACCUCUUUUUGGAUGUACUAAAACUUUGGAACUCAGAGAGAAUUUGUACCAGCCUGGUUAGCCCCAGGACCUUUUUUCUUCUGCACACAUAUACACACCUCCUUCCCUACAAAACCCUGCUUGAAUAACAGCUACCUUUUCUGGACCACAAAAACUUUUACUUGAACAAUGAGGGGAAAAAAAGUAAAAGAAACUCUAUCAAAACCUACUUACAAUGACCAACCCCACUGAACUCUUAAAGGGAAUACGGAUGUCAAAAGUCCAACAAGAACAAAACUUUUUAAAAACUGAAUAGAAGAUUGCCGUAGGAAAUCUUUCUGUAAGACGGUUUGAGUUUGGGGCAAUUGACUUUUGAAGACCAAUUUAUAAGACUUGAAAUUCUCGGAAAGAGAACUUAAGUAGGGAAUGUGAUAUUUUCAGGACACAAACUGGCUUCGAUUUGGGAUGGCCAUCUUUAGCUUGGAGUGCCUGUCCGUUUCCAGGGGAUACCGUUGCCAAGGAGAGCCAUAGCAACGGUCUCCAGGGAGUCUUACCUGUCAUUCCUUAGUUGUUUUAGGGACCAAAAGACCAAACAUUUUUAUUGCUGA